GGAUGCGGGGGGCGGCCGGGCGCCGCUAGGUCGCCGCCGGGGGUGGGCGAGGGGCGGCCGCGCUCGGCGCUGCCGGGGCAGAAGAUGCUGGUGUACUUCUGGGGGUUCCUGUACAGCCACUACGUGCGGUUCUGGCUGAAGUGGAUCCUGAGGCUGCUGACCGGGAAAUGCGAGCUGCAGCGGCUCCUGGGCGGCUCGCGGGCGGGCGCCCAGCGGACGCUGAGCGUAGAACAUUCACUGGAAUCAUCAAAGAAUAAGGUUUUAAGAAAUGCUGUACAUGUUGAGGAAGCUGAAGUGGAGAAGUGUGUCAGAGAUGUAAUGAAAGAAAAGAAAAUUGAACAGAAGGAUACAGGGUUUAAGACAAAUCUGCAUAUAUCCUUACUGCAGAUAUCAGGUUACAAAAAACUUUAUUUGAAUGUGGAAAAUCUGAGGAAGGUCCCAUAUGAUUCAGAUAAUGAAGAACAUGAGGAACAGUUAAUUGAGCUUUGGAAUUUGCUGAUGCCUCAUGAGAAUCUGAAGGCCAGAAUCACCAAGCAGUGGUGUGACAUUGGCUUCCAAGGUGAUGAUCCCAAGACAGACUUCCGAGGAAUGGGCCUGCUGGGGUUAGUCAAUUUGGUGUAUUUUAGUAAACAUUACACCGAAGAAGCUCGUCAGAUCCUUUCUCAUUCAAAUCACCCAAAGCUGGGAUACUCUUAUGCAAUAGUUGGAAUCAAUCUGACAGAAAUGGCAUACAGCUUACUUAAGAACGGUGCUUUAAAGUCUCAUCUGUACAACGUGGUCUCUGGCUUGCCGCAGAUGGAGCACUUCCAUCAAUUUUACUGUUAUCUGGUUUAUGAGUUUGACAAGUUCUGGUUUGAAGAAGAACCAGAAAGCAUUAUGCACUUCAACCAGUACAGAGAGAAAUUCCAUGAAAAAAUUAAGGGACUUCUACUGGAUUGUGAUGUGAUACUAACCUUACAAAAUACAAAGAAACCUUAACUAUUCUGCAGUCUAUGAGGUUCUGCAUCAAAAAUGGAACCAAGCAUUUGGAUGAGAGUUUUGUGUGUUUCACCAAAAACUGUUUAAGAGUAGAACAUUUUUUUUUACAUUUAAAAAAGAAAAAUCAAAAUUCAGUUAAGAAAGCUUGGACAAUCAACCUCUGUUUACAGGUCUUUAUAUGCUAUUCUCCAAAGGACAGCUUUUUUUUUUUUUAAAAAAAAAACAAACGAAACAAAAACCAACCAACAAACCAACACAAAAACACCCCACAAAUCUCAAGAGCCUCUGGAUCGCUUGCUUUCACAAUUUCUUUUAUACUUCUUGGUGCAGGAACAUGAAGCAGGUAUUUAUGCUGCAUCAUGUUUUCCAUGAAUAGGUUUGACUGUUAAUUGUCUUUUUAAAAAUAUUUUUUAGUUGAAAUUAUUCUGAUUUUAGACUUUUUGCAUUGUUCUGUAUGUGGAGUCAACCGUUCACUCAAUGUUAAAUUUCUCGCUAAUGAAGAGGUCCAUGAAGGGGUUUAUUAGUCACUUAUGAUUUUGGAGAAGAGGCUUAAUCCAUCAACAUACUGACAAACUUACUAGAAAUUACUUCUGGCUAGGGAAGUUUUUUUUAUCUGUGGAUUUGCACCAGCGAAUUCCUAUGCUUGGAAAAAGCUUAGUUUGUGAAGAAAAGAACCACAAAUCACCAGUGUGAGGAUCAGAUCCUCAGACUAAAGCUACUCCUUCUAAAAAUACUCCUACUGUAAAAAUUUUCAGUUCUUUCUAAUCUGACUUCAGCUGCUCAGGCUGCUUGACUUUGUAUCUGUUGUCAGCCCUUGUCAGCUAAUGGGGUAUUUGCGUUAGGAAGUACGAGAGAGGUAGUUUAGUCCUUUUAUAAAGUUCACUAUUUAAAAACCUUUGUUGCAGCUGCAGUCCUAUUUUGUGAAAAUAAAUUCGCACCUGAGUACAAGUCUUGAGCAAAGAUGUAUUUUCCAUGGAAAGGAUGCAACUGUGACACGUUCCUUAAUCUUGGCAUCCUCAGACAAUCUAGUCAAUAGGACUUCAUAUAUAUAUAUAGUGACUAAUUAUUGCUUAAAGCAACUUUAAACAGAUUUGGUAUGACCAUCACUUCAUUUUCUAAAGCCUACUAUUAAAUAAGUGCCUUCUGCUUUAUUCAGUCAGUGUUUUAUUUUGAUUCUCUAACCAGGUCAUAGCCUUAGAAGCUGAUUUGGGAAAGACUCUUUCAGUAUAUAUCUAAAUAGCACACAGCGGCACAAAACUUGUAUGCUUAUAGCAGCUUUUUUUUUUUUUUUUUUUUAAAAAAUCAUCUCAGGUAAAUUAGUUAACUUCCAGUCAGUGAUCAGUCAUGAAGACAUUCCUGAAGAAUACAAGUAUUGCAUACAACAAGAAAAAAAUGACAACCCCCUUUUGUAACAAGUGAUGUUACACUACAUAAGUAUUAAAUGUAUUUAUAAUAAUAUGUAAUACUACAUCUCCUUGGAGAGAAUCAAAACCCAGCUGGGCGCAGUCCUAAGCAGCCUGCUUUAGGUGACCCUGCUUUGGGCAGGGAGUUGGACUAGGUGAUCUCUAGAGGAGCCUUCCCACCGCAGUAAUUCUGCGAGUCUGUACUGUGUAACCAGUGACAAGGCAAGAAGCACUGCGUCCACCCAAUUCCUCUUGAUCACAUAAAUGUUGGUGAUCUAUUUGUGGGAAAGCUCCUGAUCAGGGUAGACACUAUAUACAUAGGAGGUAACGCAGUUCAGUUUUCUUCUUACGGUACCUUAGGUCUAGGUGAAAAACAAUUCUUAGUUUAACAUGCACAGGGUAGAGAAGGGUUCAUCUCGUCUGUGUUGGGCUGAUGCUAUUCUACUAAAAAGAAAAAAAAAAAGGUAAUGUGAAGAUGCUCAUAGUGAGUAUUUACGGUUAUGCCACGGCUUGUAAGCUGAAGAGCUAAACUGACUAGACUGGGUACAAAACCGACCACAGGAAGCCUCAUUCUCUUGCUCCUCCCAGGUACUUGGGUCCUGUAAUUCUCAACACUGAAAAAGCUGAGAUCCUGCGGAGAGUGUUCUGGGGUUCAGGUCCUGCCGUGGAGCUCUGGUUCUCUGAGCCUUGCAGGUACUGGACAUUCCCAAAAUCUGAGGAAGGAAGGGGGAAGUGGCUCCCAGUGGCUGAGAGGUUCAUUGUUACUGUCUAGCCCCAGCUUCUGUCAUGUUUGCCUUCCUUCAUUAAUAAUUUUUGCUAUUGCUUGUAGAUCUCCUUUGCCAGCAACUUGAGACUGACUUUUUGGAUUUCAGAAGUGACCCCGAUAUGUUUAGCAGCAGCAGGGAAGGAGAUCCCAUGCUUUAUUUUCAUCUACUGCUCGCUAGCGAGUAACAAAAUUGCUUAAGCCAUCUCUCUAAAACACUCCUGUGCUAGAAUCUGCAGCCUCUGGUGUUGGGGGUUGUUGGUUUUUUUUGGCAACAGUUGCAAAAAUAAUCUACACCCUUGUCUUCCUAGUCUUGAAGCUUUCAUGUGGCUCCUUGUUCACUCAGAGACUGACAUUUAACUACUGCUGAGGACUUCUAAAGCCCAACCAUCAAGUUUCAGAUUUCCUAUCACACACCCGAGACAUUUUAGUGUAGAAUGUAGAUUGAGCCCGAUGCAAGAUGCAUCUUCAUUAGCUUUUUUUUU